AUGUCCUUGCUGGAGUUCCUUUGGGAACCUCGAGCGCUGGAGUUCCUUGGGAACCUCGAGCCGUUGUGCUCUGGCAUCGCGUGGAAGGUGAUCCUCGUGUCUAGCGCCUUUAUAGGCGUCUGGCCGUCGUCGAUGGUCGCACGAGGCAUCGUUCAUUCGUUCGUCUCUCUUGUAUUUUCCAAACCAACCAUGUCUUUGCUGGAGUUCCUUUGGGAACCUCGAGCCGUUGUGCUCUGGCAUCGCGUGGAAGAGAAACACGGCCGUCCGCUGCUGUCACCCGUCUGCUCUAUCGCCCCAAUACUGUCAGCUUUGGGUGUUUGUGUUGGAUGGGUUUCUCUUCGUGUUGGCGAUCAUGACCACGACUACAACCAACACCUAUCGACACUGCCUGCUUCUUGGCUUGCACGAAUGUAUGCCUCGCAUCUCGAUGUCUAG